CUGUCAUUGACUAAAAAGACUCGUGUUGGUCCGGUCUCAGAGUCAUCAUCUGGCGGACAGCGGCUGAAACGUUCAUCAGUGAUUAUCCUACAGGAUCGCCUCUUUCUUUGGUUACCAUGACAUCGAGGGCGGGAGCAAGAGCCGCUGGAGCACCAGGAACACGAUCAGAUGGGAAUGACUCCAAACCCAAGGAGAGGGUAGGAUCAUCCCACUACCAGAUGAGCGCCUCCUUCCGGUCUGAGAUCCGGCGGCUGACCCUGGUGCAGCUGCUGAUCUGGUUGCUGGUGGCGACGCAGGUGGCGGUGACGCACCUGGACCUGGUCUCGCACGACCUGGUGGCCAUGCCGUACCAGUGGGAGUACCCGUACCUGCUGAGCAUCGUGCCCUCUUUGCUGGGCGCACUGGCGCUGCCGCGUAACAACAUCAGCUACCUGGUCAUCAGCAUGAUCAGCGCCGGCCUGUUCUCGGUGGCGCCGCUCAUCUUCGGUGCCAUGGAGAUGUUCCCGGUGGCGCAGCAGCUCUACCGCCACGGCAAGGCCUACCGCUUCAUCUUCGGCUUCUCCGCCGUGUCUGUCAUGUACCUGCUGAUGGUCGUCGCCGUGCAGGUGCACGCGUGGCACCUGUACUACAGCAAGAAGCUGCUGGACGCCUGGUUCGACUCCACCCAGGAGAAGAAGAAGAAGUGAGGGGAGGAGAGGAGCGAGGGAUGCAUGGACAGAGGGGUGGAGGAGAGUAGCGAGGGAUGCAUGGACAGAUGGGUGGAGGAGAGUAGCGAGGGAUGCAUGGACAGAUGGGUGGAGGAGGACUGGAGGACUCGGAAGAUUAUGCUGCCACUACUGCUGCUGUUCUUUCUGUUUUAUCAGUUUAUUAUUCUGUCUUUCAUUGUCUCUGUUCAUCUGUACUCCACCAGCAGUGCUUCCAAUAUUUCUCUCUCUUUCUCUCUAUUUUCUCUCUUUUUGUUCUCUCUCUCUUUCUUUCUUUCUUUCUCUCUUCUUCUUUUUUAUCUCUCUCUGCUUGUUGUGCUUUAGUGGGCUGAGCUGCCAUCAACAUCAGCAUCACUGAACCAGCAAAUUAUUACACAAUUAUUUACUCAUAUACUGACAUACACAGAUAUACUGGUCGCACAAACACACACACACACACACACACAAACAAACACACACACACACACACAGAGACACACACACACACACACACACACACACACGUCUAGCAAACCAGAAAACAUGGAUACAAGCUGUCACAUGAAGACAAACAGACAGACAGACAGACACACACACAAUACAUACACACACACACACACACACACACACACACAAAAGACAAAAUACACAUUUAAAGACAUAUGCAAAUAGACAUGGAUGAGAUUAUAUGGUCAUUUAAUUUAAUAGAUAAUCAUCUAUGUUUGGGAAUAAAUUUAGGGACUGAUGUUGAUGUGUGUGCAUGUGUGUAUGUGUGUAUAUGUUUGUGUGUGUGUGUGUGUGUAUGAAAGAGAGAGUAUGUGCAUUUGUGUGUGGGGCAGGAGUGAUUGGUUCAGCACUGUGAUGUAAUGGAUGAAUGGUAACAUUAUUGCUUGCAUGAGGUCAUUUUGGAAUGUUUACACCAAUAAACUAAAGGGAUAUUUUA